GUUUAUUUGCUGUGUGUGUGUUUGUGUGGAUUCUCUUUGAAACGUAUGUGACAGUGUGGGAUGUAGACUUUGUGACUGCUUGUUGGACACAGAAAGGAUGAUAUCAAGAUGAGUUGGCAACAUUUCUUACAUUUUCAUGCAGCAGGACGCGGGAGAUUCACAGAUGCUAUUUUCUCCAAUGGAGAUCCGGCUUUUUGUUGUUAAAAUUGAUAAAGAUGGUCCAGAAUUUUGGAUACAUUCAUUGCAUGAAUGGACAGGAAUUGAGUUUACAACAUUUAAGAUUUCGUUCAUAUGCCAGUGCAUUUAGAUACAUUACAAUAUGCAAAACGUGACCCUGGGUAACCAUGGCAACGUUUGGAAAAACGUGCCCUUAGAAGAGCCGUCCAAUGAAACCUUUGUAUUCUCUCUCGUCCUGUGGACUUUGACCAUCGCUGUUGGAGUGCCUGGGAAUGCUUUAAUGACAGCGACCAUUGGCUACACGCCGUCUCUGAGAACUGCCAUGAACACGUACUUGAUGAGUAUAGGGGUAGUGGACUUCCUGACAUGCGCACUGCUGCUUCCCUUAAGACUCUAUGCUAACCACAUUGAACGAACUGAAAAAGUUAUCCCCCAUUAUUUCCACAACGUGGAGCUGUUUGUCAGGACCUCAACAGAGGCGGCACGACUUCUGCUUAUGUUGGGUUUGAGUGUGGAGCGAUACCAGGCCAUCGCCAAGCCAUUCUCCGUGUCCAAAGUUCAGGCCAGCUGGAGAGCGAUGAUUUUUUGCGGUGUCACCUGCGGAGUUGUCAUCUUGCUGAGCGCUAUAUCCAUCAACUAUCUGUGUGACAGUACUCUGUACUUGCACUGUCUACAUGAAGAUACCGACGUGCCAACCAAGUGGGGAGCCUUGGAACUCUACCUGGAGCUUCCACUGACCACCAUCUCCGUCAUCGCCAUUGCCCUGAGCUACAGCCUCAUCGUGCUGGUCCUGAGGCAGCAGAGCAGAAAGAUGAGGCAUCACUCGAGGGCCAAGGUGAAGCCAUCGCAAGUCGUGCCGGUGACCAGCUGUGGGGCGGACGUUUCCAAGACCACGAAAGACAACGCGAAGUACUUCCUCGCACAGGAGAGCAAGCACGCUGCCAACGAUGAGGUCAGUAGGCAAACUGAGACAACGGACAGCAGGGGCUCGUGUUCGCAUAAUAGCCCACACCAAACCGACGAAGUGACUUGUCCUGCUGGUAUGAUUUUGGUUGGAGAAUGCGAAGACUUGAAAACGAACUUGAAUAUACAACAUUAUGAAACACAUGCAGAGAAUAUUCAUCAACUCUGCAAGCAGGAACUUGAAGUCAUUGCUGAAAAUUCGUCAGCAGUAGAGAUAAAUAGGAGCGAUAAUCGUGACGUGCAGCACUCUCUGGAAAAAACUAUUAGUAAGGAGAAGACAAUCAAAAGAGAUGCAGGUUUCGAAGAAUGUAAAUCCGUUUCUACAAAAAAUCUCCAGACUGGAAUCUAUCUCAAUGAAACAGCGCCAGGUUUGAGUUGUUUAGCCAGACCUGAUUCACCGUUCAUCUCACACGUCAUACAUCACACAUCCUCCUCCUCGCGUUUCUCAGCCUAUACCCUCAAAGAUCCACCGCUUCAUUCAUUCCAACACUGGCCUUCAUCUAGACGAGCUAGCUAUCACGGAUUCAUAAACAAUCAAUGCAUCAAUGAGCUUCCAAGUAGAACUCGCAAUAUUACCUCGAGGAACGAUUCCAAUAGCAAUUUUUCUCAACUCAAAGAUGAAAACAAAAGCAGUAAAACUUUAUUUAGUCGAGCCAUGUCUGAAUUUAGUAUUUUAUUGCGUCCUUCUAUCAACUAUUCAAAGUUCGAUUCGCCUAGAGAAAUACUUUUCCUUGACAAUAGGCAGAAACAUUUAGAUGAGAUCCACGUCACACCUUCCAAUCUAAGAAACGGUUUUCGUUCUACGACACUUACGGCUGCUGAUACUCACAGCCGGAGCGCUUCAGGUGUCUUUGGUCACGUGACAUGCUCUGAGGUCAUCCAUAAACACACUUCUACAUCGGAAGAUGAAGUUAUCCAAUCAAAAGAGAGCAGUUCAAACCGUAAAACAUCGACUUUAAACGAAUCUUCCGGAAACGACAAAGUCGUUACUAACGUAAACGAACUUUUCCCAGAAACCGAGUCUGCGCAUGGCACAACCAAGAACUCAUCUGUUCAGACUCUGGGAAAUGUAGACAAUAACUUAGAUUUCAAGACAGUAUCCAUGGAAACAAAAGUUGUGCCUGCAGACUUCACAAAUAAUGUUAUUCUACGGGAUACUUUAUCCUCCCUUAGUGAGAAGAAAGCCAUCUCAUUGAAUGGGUCUAAAGAAGAAACUUUCAAAAGCUCUAGUUGUAUUACCCCUAAACAUGCCCUCAAUGCAGAAUUAGUCCAAUCGGGUCUGAUCUCUAAUACUGACCUAAGUUUAUAUAAAGACACAAAGAAUACAAUGAAAAAUAUUAGCAUAGUCCAUGCCAGUGAUAACGCCAGUGCUGCUGCCGGGGCACCAACAGACGUGAAAACAAUAAACGGGAAAAUAGAGGACGGGAAAAUGGUCGAGGUGGUAGAGAUGGACGGCACCGUGCAUGUCACGGUUCAGACAGAAGCCUCUGCCGGUCAGUUUGAUGGCGCUGUGUGCCUCAUGAACCCUAAAAACAAGGAGCAGGGGCGUCGCCGCGUUGAGCUCAAAGCUGCUCUCAAGGUGGGCCUCCUGUUUUGCUCCUGUGUCUGCUUAUGGGCGCCCCUGCCUGUAUUCGUGGUGUAUAUGAGAGAGACCUCUGGCUGGAGAGAUAAAUUGAAAGUUGAUCUUCUGGUCAUCUUCUCGGCCCUGGCUACCAGUACGGCCGCAAUGGACCCUAUCGUGUACGGACUACUGAACAGACAAAUUAGAAUUGCGGCCUUUGCUGCUGUUAGAAAAUUAAGAAAAAAGAUCAGAGAAAAGUUUAGAAAUGAAAUCUAAGAAAGUAUAAUCAAAGACGAUAAGGUCUGCAUUGAAAGAAAAUCGAAGAAUAUAUAUUCAAAGAACUUUUAAAAUAGGUCUGCAAAAUAAAAAAAAACAAUUUUAACUGUGACUAAGGAAUACUAUGCAAUUAAUUGACGUUGUCCAUCUAAUUGAUUGUGACUCCUUUCUGAACUGUCCAUCUGAAACUGUAGCCCACAUUUGAAAGUUUUCAUUAGAAAUAGUGGGGGGGUAUUAUUGUUAAUAAAAUGUUCAUUUGAAACUGUUGGUCACUUAAUAAAUGUUCAUUUGAAACUGUUGGUCGCUUAAUAAAAUGUUCAUUUGAAACUGAAGGCCACUUAAUAAAAUGUUCAUUUGAAACUGAAGUCCACUUAAUAAAAUGUUCAUUUGAAACUGAAGUCCACUUAAUAAAAUGUUCAUUUGAAACUGAAGGCCACUUAAUAAAAUGUUCAUUUGAAACUGUAGGUUACUUAAUAAAAUGUUCAU